AUGGUAAUGCUUUCACGCGAAAAUACUUCAGCCGACGUACUUAAGCCUACUGCCGGAGUAGAAGAAGAACUGGUACUUGAUAUUGAAGUAGACGUUGUAGUGGUAGUCUCAGUGGUACUCGAUAUUGAACUUGAAGUAGUAGUCGAUGUUUCAGUUAUGAUAAAUGUUUCGAUAGAAGUGCUAGUAGUCGAUCUUGAACUAGUGGUACUUGAUGAUGUGGUACACGUUGUAUUAGUACCCUCAGUGGUAGUCGAUGUUGAAGUAGACGUUGUAGCAGUAGUCGAUGUUAUACUUGAAGUUGUAGUCGAUGUUGAACUGCUGGUACGCGACGAUGUGGUAGACGCUGUACUAGUACUCUCUAAAAAAAUGAUGCUGGACAGAAUCUUUUAG